AUGAAGAUACGGUCCCUUCGAUCACUUGAAAAAAAUUUAAAAUCGAGCCUCAGCCUGGACGAUAUAGGAGAGGACCUAAUUCAGAAUGUACUAAGCCGGCUGCCGGCACAAUCCUUCGCAUCGGCGGCGUGCGUUAGCCGCUCCUGGAACUCUAUUUGCAAUCGGAUCCUCUUUUCUUCCCCUAAACUUUCAUCGGCCAUUUCUUUCAACCCUUUACUCGAGGAUGCUGUGAGUGAAGUUGUGGAGAAAGUUUUAUCUAAGCCCACGCGGCCCCAUUUUGUCCUGGCCUCCAUUGGCCCCUCGUUUAGCUUGCGACAAGCUCACCAAUUAAUUAAUGGAAAUUUCGGUUUCCACAUACCUGUAGUUGUCAAUGUAUCAGAGGGGAUUAUUGGGAGGGAUUCACUUACAGAUGAGUUUAGAGAGGUUCAAUGGGAAGUAACCGAGGAGGAAGAUCUUGCUGGGGUAUUGCAAAAUGAGAAUGUGAACCGAGGCAUCAUAUUGACAGUUGGUUUUUUACCAGGAUUAAAGGCCAGUAUAAUCCCUUUGUUAUUUGAAAAGAAGGAUCCUCGAAGGUUUCUUAUUGAUGAAUUUGUGAUCAGUAUCAAGGAAUACACCUCUUCUGUUUCAGGGCACGCUUCUCCUGGUGGAAUCUUGUUGUUUACUGACCGAGCAACUGACAUCAAACCUGUGCUUCAAAAGUUGGAUUAUGCCUUUUCCUUGGACACUGUCAUUGUGGGUGAUGGGGGUAGUAAAUUCUUAUAUAGAAGUGAUGACGGAAGCUAUACCACCAGGGUUCCCGCGGUUGCUCUUUUAUUUGUGAACGAAAGGAACAAGCCUCCAGGUAUAGGGGAAACUAAAUUUCAUGUCAUGAUAUCAACUGGCCUAUCACCACUUGGUUCCACAUACAAGGCAGUAUCUGUUAAAUGCAAUAAAACUUCAACAUGGCUUACUGCCAUCAGAGAUACUCUUCAUGAAGAUCUUGAUGGCCAAAGUAUUUUAGACGAGAUCUAUGAUGAGCUCGGAGAUCGUAUUCAAUUUCCUGUUUUCUACCUAGGAGUAACGAAAAGAAGGAGGUGCUCUGUUGGGCUGGAAAAAGUAAGACGAAUAACAUUUCAUGAAUUUCAUGAAGUUUUGAGUGGAAAUGAAGAGUAUCUAUUUGUCAAGUCUGACGGCAUUAAAUCUGGAGAUCUCUUUCGCUUUUACCUCUCGGAUUCUAAAGCUGCAUUAUCUUCUUGCAAUGAAGUCUCUGAUAAACUCAGACAUUUGAAGCUAGAUAGUUGUAACUACACAGAUGACCGUGUUGGUGGCAGUGUCACUAAUGGUAAGAAGAGGGAAGUCUUUGGUGGCAUUGUCUUUUCUUGCUGUGGUCGAGGUGACUCCUUUUUUGGACAACAUCGUAUUGACAGCUCGCCUUUUCUGGAGAACUUUCCGGGGGUUACUUUUGGAGGAACUUAUUGUAAUGGGGAAAUUGGACGGGGAAAUUUGAGCUUGUACGGGCAAGGCAAUGAAGAAGGUGGAGAUGCACGUUGCUCUUGGCACGCCUUUAGUGCUGUCUACCUAAUCAUGUCGUAUACUCCUCCACUGCCGCAGGGUAAGAUUGUGAGCACCGAACCUGGUUGUUCGAGUUCAAAUCAAUGGUUUGUGGAUCGUGAGCUCAGAACCUGA